AUGAGUGGGUUCCUCAAGGAAAGCUCUACCAGGGCAACCAAGCCGGCAGCUGGCACAUUCACCAACGAGGCCGAAACCUGGUUCAACACAUGCGGCGGAGGUGACAAUAUCGGUGAUGACGGCCAGCAGAUCCUCGACCCUAAGCUGCCGAUACAGCCGGGAAGUAAAGGGUCUUCCAACCCCGCGUGGAUGGAUGAAAUCUGUGCCGAUGGCAAGUUUGAGGAAGGAACAUUGGCAGGGGCUCUCUGGGAUCGGUCGAUGGCGGGCGACGCCUGGAAUGACGCCGUGGCCAGCUGGAAUGACUACAUCCCCGACGACGAAGAGCGCAUCAGCUUUUCUCAAUUUGUUUCAUCGCGGUUCUUUGGUGGUCCAGAAGGCAUGCAUUGUGAGAUCUAUGCAGAGGGAAACGGCUGCGGGGAGGAUUCACAACUUCAAUGCGCCUCAGACGGGAUCACAACCCCGGCAGGAAAGUACAUUCUCAAUUCGUUUAAGAGGCUUGACGCGGUCCUCUGGAACUUGCACGACGCAUUGGAAGGCAUGUUGGGAAUCAUUAAGGCUGAGAUGGAUAACUUCACGGACACGUUCGCACCACUUCCAGAUGAAGGCAUUACUCUAGGAACUAUCCUGGGAAAUCUCCUCGGCAUGGGAUAUGGAUCUUUGUCCUCGCGGAUGUGGGAAAAGGGUGAAGUCUCUUGA